AAGCAGCGCCUUCCAGCUGCUCAGAUGGGAGUGGGUGAGCUGGGAUAGGCUGGGAGUUUGGUUGGGAAGUCGUAAGCGGAUCCAGAAACGGCACAAGAAGGAAAGAAAGAAAGGAGGAGAUCCAGGAUCCAAAGACCUUCAUGCACAAAUCGACUGAAUGUUGUACAGGAAAUCUGACGCAGUAGUUUUGCGGAAAACGGGUUUUGUUACCGCCACAGGUGACGGAUUGGAGCUGUGUGGAUGACAAAGAGAGACUCGCGGUGAAACAGCUAACUUUUCCAACCGGGUGUGAUCGCUCGUAGAAAACUUGGAGUUGGAUUUCUGCGUUUUGUGGUAACGUUCAGUGGAAGAGGAGGACAUCAUGCCGCGGCGCACCGUGCAAGAAGUAAUCGUGCAAGAUGUCCAGAAGCGAAGGAGUCCCAACAAACACUAUGUUUACAUCAUCAAAGUGUCCUGGAGUGAUGGCAGUACAGAAACUAUUUACAGGCGCUACAGCAAGUUCUUUGACCUCCAGAUGGAAUUGCUGGAUAAAUUCCCUGUGGAAGGAGGCCAGAAGGACCCAAAGCGCAGAAUCAUUCCAUUUUUACCAGGAAAGAUCUUGUUUAGGAGAAGCCAUAUCAGAGAUGUGGCCAUGAAGCGACUACGGCCCAUCAACGAGUACUGCAGGGCUUUGAUCCAGCUGCCAGUCUACAUCUCUCAAUGUGAGGAAGUCCGAGUAUUUUUUGAGACCAGACCUGAAGACCUCAACCCACCCAAAGAGGAGCCCAUUGGAAAGAAGAAGUCAGGGUUUGUGGAGAGAGCGUCUACUUUCCUAAAGCGAGGAGACCCCACCUCUGCAGACGCACUCUUCCUCGAACAGUAUGUGGCAGUAACAGACUACGAGAAACAAGAGAGCACCGAAAUCAGUCUGCAUGUUGGUCAGACAGUGGAAGUCAUUGAGAAAAAUGAAUCUGGCUGGUGGUUUGUGAGCUCAGAAGAUGCUCAGGGCUGGGUUCCCGCCACCUGCCUGGAGGCUCAGGAUGACCCUGAUGACUUCACAAUUCCAGGAGAAGAAGUGCCUCGGAGGUUCUGGUCACUGCCAAGGCACGUGGGUCGGCGCAGAACUUUAGGGGAUCUAUUCAGCACAGGCUUUGGGCAAGAAGAAAAGUACUCUGUGAUUUACCCAUACUCAGCCAGGGAUCAGGAUGAGAUCGACCUGGAAAGAGGCAUGAUAGUCGAGGUUAUUCAGAAGAACUUGGAAGGCUGGUGGAAGAUCAGGUACCAAGGCCGCGAGGGCUGGGCUCCGGCCUCCUACCUGAAAAAGUCUGAUAUUCAAAGCCAAAGGCAAUCAGCAGGUGCUGCAGCUCAUGCCAGUACAAAUGACCUGGAAGGAGUUUCCAAACAGAACCUGCAGAACAAUGCAUCAAGAGACAACCAGAAGGAAAACAGGCUCUCUAUUUUCUCUGAUAACAACAAAAUUAAAGUGGGAUCAAGACACGGACUUCCUCCACGCAGAGAUCUAACCAUUCCACGUGGUGCAAACUUACCUAAGCCACCCGUUCCACCAAAGGUCGAGGAAGAGUAUUACACCAUAGCUGACUUUCAGACUACAAUUCCAGAUGGGAUUAGCUUCCAAGCAGGGGUCAAAGUUGAGGUAGUUGAGAAGAAUACAAGUGGUUGGUGGUACAUCCAGAUAGAUGAGAAAGAAGGCUGGGCCCCAGCCACUUUCAUCGACAAGUACAAGAAGACUAGUAAUGCCCUGCGACCCAAUUUUCUUGCUCCAUUACCCAAUGAGAUGGAGAAACUCAGGCUUGAGGAUGGUGGUGCCGAUGAUGAUACCUGGUCUAAGCCUUUACCAGAUGAGCCGACCACAGCCUCUGACUCCUUUGCCCGCCCAAAGCUGAGAGACUGGAAGUCCAGUGCCAACAAGACGACUCCAGCCUUCGCUGGGCCUCUGCCUCCAGCCCCAGCUGCCCCUCCAGCAGAAGAGAAACCAGCUCUGCCACCUCGACGGGAGUCUAUUAAUAAAAGCUUUGAGUUGGAGGCAGCGGAGAAGCCAAAACCCGAUCAUUGCAAGCCGUUGCCUCCAAAACCACCAGCACCUGGAGUCAUCGUGCCUCUUGUUACCCCCAAAUCUGCCCCUUUCAAGCCAGAGAAGCCACCAGAGAUCAAAAAGGAAGAUAAGAGCAAAGCUCUUCCUCUUCGUAAUGAAAUGGGUCUUGAGUGUGGCCACAAAGUUUCUGCUAAAGAGGUGAAGAAGUUUAAUCUGAAACCUGUUCCCAAACAGCCACCAAAACCGAAGGCAGAGAACCGGGAAGAGAAACCAGAGCCUGCAGGACCUGCAGCCUUUAUGAAGGGUAAGCCGGUGGUCAGACCGAAGCCCGUUCCAGCUGCCAAACCUGAUCCACCAACAGAAAACAAAGUGGACAUCACCAACUUAAGGAGCAAGUUGAGGCCAUCAAAAGCUGCUGAUGUUGGCUCUCUGUCUUCUGAGGGAAACCAUCAGAAUGAUUCUUCAGCAGCAGGAAGCAGUUCACCCCCCAGCUCUUCACCCAUCCACAUCCCUGUGCUCAAUAACAGCAAGUCCUUUGAUGAGCCAAAACUCCCUGCCAAACACAUAAAUGGUCUUAGCCAGGAGAAAUCAUCCCCUCCUCCAAAACCAGCAGUGCCCCCACACAAGGAGCCUCCUCAGAGACCUCCUGUUAUGGCUCCAAAAAGACCUCCUCCUCCAAAGAAGACCGAUCCAUCCAGCCCAACCGAAAACAAGCCUCCUUCUCUGAGAGAACCGCAAGAGACUCCCAAGCCUGGACCACCACCACAACUCAGCAGGCCCCCUCCCCCAAAACCCAAAGCAUUUGUUCAACCACCUUCAAGCAAAGAGAAAGACGAUCCCAAGGGGAAUAAAGCUCCCAUUCCUCCCAAACCCCAGAUGAAACACGAAAAGUCCGGACCACCCAAGGACAAGCUUCCACCGUUACUCAAGGAGCCCAGUAAGGAUGAGCUUUAUCUAGCUGUGGCGGACUUUGAAGGGGACGAGCAAACAUCCAGCUUCAAGGUGGGGACCGUGUUUGAAGUUCUGGAGAAAAACAGCAGCGGUUGGUGGUUCUGUAAAAAUGUAGGAGAAGAUGUUGAGGGCUGGAUCCCCUCGAACUACCUGAGCAAAAAGCCGUAGGUUUUAUGAUUCAUUUAAAUGUAACCAGAAGAGAACAAAAUAAUACACCGAUGGUGUAAAUGUAAAGAAAAGCAAUCUUUCUGCCACUUCACAACUUAUUUUAUUUAUAGGUACAUUUUUUUAAAUAAAUACUUUAAAAAUAUCCAGCCAAUCGAACCAGCAAAAAUAGACUUUUUUUGUGGAGGUUUCAUGAUGUUUACUUAUUUUUAUUUGUAUCUAGAUCUAGUCAUACUUGCUUUCGUGGCUACGUGUCAAUCACAGCCUCUGUAUCAUGUUCCCAUAACUUAGGCUGAAAACUGGGACGGCAUUUAGCCCGAGUUACAGGGUGUGCCUGAUUUACGGGUGUGUUAGCACCCAUGCCUUUAAGGAUGCAGUGCCUCAAAAUAUAUGCAAAGUAUAGGCUUCAGUGCUUACAAAGUAUAUGCAGCUGUAGGCUUAGUAGGUGUUCAUAUCUUGCCAGUUUCUAUUCUGCAGCAGGAAAAAAAGGAUCCUAAAUAACUUAAGUAUUUCAUGAGUGUAGUGGGGACAUUCACUAAUUUCAUCUGAGCUUUCAUGUAUGGUUAACAUUUUUCUUUAAAAUAUAUCUUUGCCAAGUAUUAAUGUUGUUUGUAAAUUUAAAAACUUCCAUCCAGGUGCAUCUCAAUAACAUAGAAAAAUCUAAAUGUUUCUAAUUUUAGAUCAACAGAGGAAGCUCAUAUUUUAUGUAAAUUCAUUACCUUAUGUCCUGCACAUUUCACUGACAAACUCAGAAAGGCAUUGCUUUAAAAAAGUCCAAUGUUCAAAGUGCUUUGUCUAAGUGCAUUCAUGGAAAAUUGAGUGGAAAGAAAAAGUGUGGUUAAAAAAAGAAGGUACACUGGCCACAUGAAAGAAAUUGACUGGGCUGCAGAGAGCCAGUGCUUCCAAAGCCACCACACCCACCUAUGGCUUAAAACUGUUGCAUUUCUUGUAUUAAGUCAUAUUAGAAAUAGAGACAUAGAAAGUGAGGUCAAUUUUUAUUUUGGGCCCAGAGACUGGACGAAGACUAAAGAUUCUUCAGGUCCAGUAAGAUUUGUUUUCACAGUCAGUGAUCAUUUAUAGAACCGUUUCAUCUGCUGUUGGUUCCUCGUGGCUCAUCAAGCCUAAAGUUAAUGCACCGUCUACCAGAAACCUUUAGAGCCUUGUGCCUCCUUCUGCAGACAGUGUUCUGUAGAUAAAGAGUUGACAACUGCUGACACUGCCAAUAUUACCAUGACCGUAGUAUGACUGUGUCUCAAAGGACAGCAAACUUAUCAGACAGAACCCCACAGAGCAGGGGUGUCAUACUCCAGUCCUCGACUCUCUGUCCUGCAACUGUUAUAUGUGCUUCUGCUGCACCACACCUGAAGGGAGUAAUUAGGUCAUUAAGGCUCUGGAGAACUGAUCUACACAAGGAGCAUUUUAUUCCAGUGUUUUAUACUUGUGGCACAUCUAAAACCUGCAGGACAGCAGCUCUUGAGCACUGGAGUUUGACACCAGUGUUUUAUGUGGACUUACUAAAAAACAUCAACUUACUGAUGUUACUUCAGUUUAUUAGGAUGCACCUGUAUUAGCAUUCUUUUAUUGUUGACUGAAUCAGUGAUGAUUGUUGUGAUUUGUAACAGAUGUGCAGCUUCUUUCAAUUAAAGCAAGUUCAAGUUUUGCACAAUUUCAGUGCGGAGAGAAGAACAACUUUUAACGUUACACCAGCUUUGUUUCUUUUCUCUUUUUUUAGCUCAGUUACAAAGUAGUUACUCCAAUCAUCUUUAUGUAAGCAUAAUAUCCCCAAGUAAGAGGUUGAUAGGAAGCUUUGUGUCAGAAAACAUUUUUUAACAUAACUGUUAUCUUUCAUCCAAACAUAAGAGCUGUACAAUGUGAAAUGCAGAACAUUCUGCCCAUAAGAAAUUUAAGAUUUCCAUUGGUUUGUGCAAUGAUUCACAGUGAUGUAAAUGUACAGGCUUUUCCUGAUGUUCGGUGCUCAAAUAAAAAAAAUGACCAUUGUAUAAACAGAAUAUUUUACAUGCUUGACUGGUUUCAAGCAAGGGUCAGCAGAGCAAAUUAUUUUUAUUGUACAGUGAUGUCAUACUUUUGCCGUUUUUUUAAUGGUCCUUGUAGUUCUUUUUGAUGUGCAAUUUCAAAAUAGUGGAAUUUGCUUUAAUCAUAAUUACAAAUGGUAUAGUUUGGUGGUUAAAAUAAAAACUAAUUUGCUUUAUCAAGUAACUGGCUGCUACUUUUACAGGAAAUGGUUCAAUAAAGUAACAAUAAAAUGUUUGUAGACAAGGCUACAAGUUGUGACACUACUUAUGUUCUGCUUGUAGGUGCUCAAAUGUUUCACUAAAUUCAAGCCAUAUUACAGCACUGACAGUCUGUCAUCCUAAUAAACAUUUCAAAAUAAAACCUACAAUGUCAAAGGUGUUAUGUGGCCAAAGGAGUGCAGAAUGCACAUUGAUUGUCCCGCAUAUUUCAGUAUUUUAUUUCUUUUUCUAUGUAUUUUGCAUUACACUGUCUCUAUCUUUACUUUUAAGUCAAUAAAAAAAAAAAUGAACUUGGAA